AUGGUAGCUGAAAUUGAAAAACAGGGAGACUACAUGGAUGUGGACGACGAAAAUAAUAACGGUGGCAACAGCUCUGAUUAUGCAGACCGAGCAGCUAUAGAGGUUAACAACACGGAAGGAAGCAGCGACGAAGAGGAUGAAUAUGUCGUGGAGAAAAUUGUGGAUCAUAAAAUAACAAAGGGGGGCAAGUUGCAAUAUUUUUUAAAAUGGAAAGGCUACCCUGAUUCAGACAAUACGUGGGAAAAAGAGGAGGACGUUUAUGCAAAAGAUUUGAUUGAAGAUUACUGGAAAAAACACGGUGGUAGAAGGUCAUCUACUGAAAGAAAAAAGUCUGCCGCUGCUGCUUCCUCAAGAUCCACCACAAAAGCCACAUCAAGGUCAUCAAGAGGACCUCCCACUAUAAUGAGAAAAGUUCAGCCCAUGAAGAAGCAGAGAGUUCGUCGCGUUGCUGAUAAUGAUGAGGAGAUAAGACAAGAAUCCUCUGAUGAGGAGUAUCCUCCGCCUGAAUGGACGAACUGGGAGGACCACGUCGCCGAAGUUGAGACCGUGGAACGUGAUAAUAAUGAUGGUUCAUUAUUAAUUUAUGUUAAUUGGAAGGACGGACAUAGAACUGUACAUCCGGCUAGUGAAGUGAAUGCUCGUUGUCCACAAAAGGUUAGAUAG